AAAUAUGUCUAGAUAUUUAAUUUGUAAUUUAUUUUUAUCUAACACAACCAAUCAUCAUGUAUAAAAAAUAUUAUUAUAAAUUAAUAUGUUGAAGAUGAUUAAAUGUAAUUCAUGUUGAUUGAAUUAUAAAUGAAAGUUCAUGCUAAGAAUGCAAAUGCCAAUGUUAUUAAUGGGAUAAAUUUAUUUUUAUGUCAAAUGGAACAUUGAAAUAUGGUGAAUGGAUGGUGUAUAAUUAUGAUAGUUUUAGUUUGAAUAUUGUCGUCGAAUGCGAUACUUGUAGGGCUUAAAAAAAAAAAACAAACAAAUAUAUGAGGUUAUUUUUAUUUAUGGAGGAUCAAAGGAUGCUUGACAAGUCUUGUCUUAAAUAAAUAAAUAAAUAGAGUUAUAAUUUUUUGAUAUACAAUAACUAAUUAGUAAAUUAAUUGAUCUAUUUUUUAAAAAUGUUGUGAAUAUUAAAUUAAAUUAAUUAUUAAUAAAUAAUAAUAAAUAAUUUAAAAUGUCAUAUUUUAUGAAUUUAACACCUGAUGAAGUGACAAGAAUGCAUCCUUGUACAAAAGCUAAAUGUGUCAUCACAACAAGUGAUUCAAAAAUGGAGACACUGAGUGAUAUUGCUGAUGGUGUUCAACCUGUUGGUAAAUUAUCAUUAAUUGAACCAUCAUCACCAUCAUCAUCUUCAUCAAAUCAACAUAAUAAUAAUGAUGAACUUGAUGCAAUUAAUCAUAUUGUCAGCAAGGAACCAUCAUCAAUGACUGAAAAAAAUGGUUUUAAUAAUUAUGACAAUAAAGUAACUAAAAAUGAUACUAAAAAUGAUGAUGAUUGUUUUGUUAAGUGUCUUUAUGUCACUCAACAAUGCUGCGAAUGUGUAAUACUUUGAUAAAUUAUUAUAUUUUUUUUUUCUUUUUUACCAGAAAAGUAUUUUUUAUAAAAUAAAAUAUCUAUAUAAUUUUAA